AUGGCACCCGCCGAAACAUACCCACGUAUCAACGGGAUCACGGAAUACGCAGCGACUCCAUCGCCGAAUAGUGGCUAUUCCAAGGCAAAGUUCGAUAUUCCACCGGACUACCUUCUUCCAGAUGGAAAUCCAGAUUAUCUUCGUCUUAUCUUAACCUCUCGAGUCUACGAAGUCAUCAAAGAAACACCAUUGACUUACGCUACAAACCUCAGUUCGAGGUUAAAAUGCAAUGUCCUACUGAAACGAGAAGAUCUCCAACCGGUAUUCAGCUUCAAGAUUCGAGGUGCACAUAAUAAGAUUGCACAUCUGUCAGAUGAAGAACGGAAGAAAGGCGUGGUGGCUUGCUCUGCCGGGAACCACGCCCAAGGUGUGGCCCUCUCUGCCAAAUCACUUGGUAUUCCAGCCACUAUAGUAAUGCCCAUGGGCACACCCGCAAUAAAACACAUCAAUGUCGCCCGUCUGGGUUCCAAAGUCGUCCUCCACGGCCAGGAUUUUGAUGCUGCAAAGGAAGAAUGCAAGCGCCUGGAGCUCGAACAGGGUCUCACCAACAUCUCCCCUUUCGACGACCCCUAUGUUAUUGCUGGACAAGGGACCAUUGGUAUGGAACUUGUCAGACAGUGUAACCUACGGGAGUUGAAAGCUGUGUUCUGUUGCAUCGGUGGCGGAGGCUUAAUUGCCGGUAUUAGCGUUUAUUUGAAAAGAAUUGCACCGCAUGUUAAGGUUAUUGGUGUGGAGACCUACGAUGCUAAUGCGAUGCACCAAUCGCUAGAACAGGGGGAUAGAGUAACCUUAAAGGAUGUUGGACUAUUCGCUGACGGUGCGGCGGUAAAACUUGUCGGCGAAGAGACUUACCGUUUAUGCAAAGAAAAUGUGGAUGAGGUCUUACAAGUUUCGACAGACGAGAUUUGUGCAGCGAUUAAAGAUGUCUUUGAAGACACCAGAGCGAUUGUGGAACCUGCAGGCGCACUGGCCCUCGCAGGGCUCAAGAAAUAUGUUGGAACCCGACAGACCGAAGAGACAGAUGCAUACACUGCCGUGCUAUCAGGUGCAAACAUGAACUUUGAUCGACUGCGUUUUGUUGCUGAUCGUGCACAGCUUGGUGAGAGGAAGGAGGCGCUGUUAUCAGUGAUUAUUCCGGAGAAGCCCGGUUCUUUUCUAACUAUGAUAGAGGUUGUGCUACCACAUACCGUUACCGAAUUUACAUACAGGAUGAACCACAAGGAUCGAGCACAUAUAUUUAUGACGAUACAGGUUAAGGAUAGAGAUGAAGAUCUACCGCAGAUAUUGAAAAAUUUGAAUGAUAAUGGGAUGGAGGUCGAGGAUAUCAGCGACAACGAGUUCGCAAAGACCCAUGCAAGAUUUUUUGUCUCUGGAAAACCGGUUGAAAAUGAAAAGCUUUAUGCUUUUGAAUUCCCCGAAAGGCCUGGUGCCCUUGCCAAAUUUUUAAGAACAAUGAGGCCAAGUUACAACAUUAGCACAUUUCAUUACCGAAAUUAUGGAUCUGAUGUGGCACAUAUAUUGGCCGGUAUUCAAGUACCCCAAGAGGAUUCGGGUACUUUCAGCACGUUCUUAAAAGAGCUUGGGUAUCCAUUCAGAGAAGAAACAGAGAAUCCGGUAUACAAAACUUUCUUUUGUCAAUGA